AUGGCGUCGGCCGAUGCGCUAUCGGCGCCCGGGUCGGCGACCUAUGCGUCGGACACGAUGGUGGUAGGAGACGGGACUUGGGACUUUACCAAGAAUACUUUCCUGCUGCCGAACCUGGCCGGGCUAAACUUCGAAACUAUGCGAUUUAAUGGCAUGGGCAACCGUUUUGCAACAGUAGAACAAUACCAUCAAUUGGUAACAGGCCACGGUAUUCUUGCCGUUAUAACCUUCCUCUUCAUCGUGCCGGCUGCGGUUAUGUACGCGCGAUUUAGGCCAUAUGGCUCUCUUAUUCGGCUGCACGCAUAUUUAAACAUUCUUGCUGUCGGUCUCAGUACGGUCGUAUUCGUGCUUGGGUGGUUUGCCGUGGGCCCGAGUCGAAGCUUAACGAACCCUCAUCAUGGAAUUGGACUUGCUAUAUAUGUCAUGAUUCUGGUUCAAAUGAUUGGGGGUCGUAUAGUGAAGAAUAUUCGAAGAAAGUCGUUUAAACUCAUGCUUCAUCGCUGGCUAGGUCGAGCGAUUGCGAUCUUGGGAAUCGUUCAAAUUCCCCUUGGACUUACGCUUUAUGGGUCUCCCUUGUUUACCUUCGUUCUAUAUGCCGUGUGGAUGGCAUUCUUGUUCCUGACAUACUUCAUCCUCAGUUGGCGACACGAAAGCAACCGCGACCGGGAGGACCUGAUGAUUCACGGCGGGCGUUCUGAAGGUGGGUUUACGGAAUCGGAACGCAAGUCCGGACGAGGAAUGGGAUGGUUGGGGCCGCUAGCGGCAGGAGCUGGCCUUUGGGCACUUUUGCGAGGGAGAAAGGAUCGCGAAAUAGACGAAGAACGAAGUACUAGCAUAUCGCAGCCACGAAGUCGUCCACCUGAGGUGAUCCCAUCUCAAAGAGGCUCUGCGAGCUACUUCGAGGAUGAAAAGGUGUCUGAUAGGUCCGAUCGCCGUGAAGGAGGUAAAUCGAAUUGGUUGGCUGGCUUAGCUGGGCUUCUUGGGGCCGGCGCGCUGGUUAAAGGUACUCGAGAUAAAAGAGAAAAGCGAAGAUACGGCGACGAAGAAUAUUCUGCUGUCGCGACCGACACGCCCAGUCGAUUUAGCCGUCCAAGCCGGGUCCGGAAGAGUGCUACUGACGGGUAUACCGAGAGUGAAUUUAGCGAAGAUCGGACAGAGCUCCACGCCCGCCCAAGACCGCACACUCCGCUACUACCGGGCCCUGGUCGUCCUACUGCUACUACAGUUCUAAGUGGUGGUACCGAGCCUAUGACACCACGCGCAUCCCAUCCGCGACCACCGAUUACAGAGAGCAGUUACAUUUCAGACUAUUCGUCAUACGUUAGUCCGUCGAGGCGAGCUAUCGAUGACGAGGAGAGUAAGGCAGGGAAAGGCAUUCUUGCUGCUAUCGGGUUAGGUUGGUUGGCUAAGAAGAUGAGGGGAGAUGGCCAAACGGAUGAGGAACGACGGAAAAUGGAGGACGAGAGACGGGGCGGACAUCGCGGGUCAAAAUACACAGGCGAUGGAUACAGUACGCCAACAAAAUCAACACAACGCCGGGUACCACCUACCGCUCCAACCGCCACAACCUUGACAUACGACACAGAAUCGUCAAUGUUUGAAGAUCGUCCUCCGGGAACAAGUGUUAGCGGGCCACCAAUGCCACCCUAUGGUGCGCGAGGUGGUCCACCUCCAGUACCAGUGCCAACCCUCACGGAGUUCUUCAUCCGCUGCAUCCAGGAUCAGGCACCGAGUCUUACUCAUCUGCUGGAAAUGGGACACAUAGACGGGAUGAAUCCCGUCGUCGUAGAGACGCCGAAGAAGCUGCCAUGGCGGCUGCUGCUAGCGCUGCGGGUCUCGCCGCAGAGGAAGAAAAUCGACACCAAAGGGACCGUAGUCAAGUUUCCAGUCAGCCAGUAA